AUGGAGGUUGUCUGCGAGAAGGAUCUGUGUCCAAAGAAUGGCCGGUGGCUGGAGACUUCAAGAGGUGUGUCCGCAGGGUCGUCAGAACCCUGCAACGUGCUGGUGGACUCAGAAGCUCCAUCAGUGCCCUUGGUGCUCUUGCGACCCUGGCAAGGUGUGAGCAGGGUGCAAGGGCCUGGGGCCUGUGUCCACUCCACCAUGUCAGAGACACUCCGGCUGAAGGAGAAGGAGGGCUGCCCCCAAGCCUUCCAUGCCCUGCUGUCCUGGCUCUUGACCCAGGACAGUGGUGCCAUCCUGGAUUUCUGGAGGGUUCUCUUCAAGGACUACAAUCUGGAACGGUACAGCCGCCUGCAUACCAUCCUGGACGGCUUCCCAAAAGAUGUGGACCUCAGCCAGCCCAGGAAGGGGAGGAAGCCCCUUGCUGGUCCCAAGAUCUCUGUACUGCCACCCAGACCCCCCACCAAGAGAAAAGCCCUAGAGGAACCUCGUGCUACCCCACCAGCAACCCUGACCCCAAAGAGCUCCUCCAGCCCAGGCUCCCAUCCAAAGACCAAGCCCCCUAAGAAGCCAGAGGGCAACUUGGAGUCACAGCGCCUCCCGCUGGGGAAUGGAAUCCAGGCCAUGUCGGCUUCCGUCCAGAGAGCUGUGACUGUGUCCUCUGGGGAGGUCCCAGGAACCCGAGGGGCUGUGGAAGGGAUCCUUAUCCAGCAGGUGUUUGAGGCAGGCUCCUCUAAGAAGUGCAUCCAGGUUGGGGGCGAGUUUUACACUCCUAGCAAGUUUGAAGACCCCAGUGGCAAUGCAAAGAACAAGACCCGUGGUAGUGGCAGCGUAAAGCCAGUGGUCCGAGCCAAGGGAGUCCAGGGUAGAGAUGAGCAGAGAAUGGGCCCACAGUGUGGGGUCCCUACCCUUCCAGCCCUUUCCAGUGAGCCCCAGGUUCACCAGAAGAACGAGGAUGAGUGUGCUGUGUGCCACGAUGGAGGUGAGCUCAUCUGCUGUGAUGGUUGUCCCCGGGCCUUCCACCUGGCUUGCCUGUCCCCACCUCUGCGGGAGAUCCCCAGCGGCCUCUGGAGAUGCUCCUGCUGCCUCCAGGGCAGAGUCCAGCAGAACCUGUCCCAGCCUGAGGAGUCCAGGCCCCUGGAGCCACCUGCAGAGACCCCGAUCCUCCUGGGGCUAAGGUCAGCUUCAGAGGGGACCAGGGGCCUGUCCAGAGAGCUCCCAGCCAGCUCAGACGCUGCCAUCACCUAUGUGAACCUGCUGGCCCCACCUUCUGCAACCCCCCUGCCUCUGCUGAGUGCUGGGAUUGAGGGGCAGCAGGGUCCGGCACCAGGCGCACGGUGUGGUGUGUGCGGGGAUGGCGCAGACACGCUGCGGUGUACACACUGUGCUGCCGCCUUCCACUGGCGCUGCCACUUCCCCAUGGCAGCAGCCCGACCAGGGACGAACCCUCGCUGCAAGUCCUGCUCUGCAGACCCCACUCCCACGCCAGGCGAGGCAGCGCCCACUUCAGCGCGCCCAGCCCCUGUGCUUGCCAAGGUGGGGGACGACUCUGCUGGUCAUGAGCCUGCUCUGCAAAGGGAUGAUCUGGAGUCCCUCCUGAAUGAGCACUCCUUUGACGGCAUCCUGCAGUGGGCCAUCCAGAGCAUGUCACGCCCGCUAGCUGAGACACCACCCUUCUCCUCCUGA